CCGCCAUCGUCACGACCUAUUGUCUGCAGCUCAGCUCUCCCCAGAGCAACCACCACCUGCAACCGCGUCGCCUAACUGGUAAGGCAUACAUCAGCGAGCCCGUCAUCGAGGCUCACACUCGCCGGUGCGGCGACCCUACCUGCUCCGCGUCUCACCGCGCUCCCACGCCUGCCCACCCGCGUCUCGCCGCCUCCGCAGCAAGCCGAGCGACAGGAGGCAUGUCUUGCACGGACCUGACUGCCCUACGACAGAGAAACAGCCUCCCGUGCCGAGACGACCGACGCGACCGACGCUCACGAUGCCGGCCGACACGACGUACGGCUUCCCACCCGAGGCCUUUGAAGAGUCUCGCCUGCCCGAUGUACACUGCCAGUUCAUCGACCCCGAGGACUUGCGCGCCUUCGAGAGGGCGCUGCAGGCCCCGGACCCGCUGCAGAGCCCCCAGGCCGAUGAUGGGAGCAUAAGGUCGCCCAAGAGCCCGUCUGGGUCAGUCAGCAUCACCAAGAGGGACUCGCAAACGGCAAUGUCCAUGGAGGAGGACCUCCAUGCGGUGGCAGCCGCCGCGGCCGCAGCCGGGGGGGACUUGCCUCCUCCAGACACCCCGUCGCAGGGUCACGGCACAUUCAUCACCGCGCAAAACGACUGGGCACCCGUCAACGCGCGGGUAUAUCGCAGCAGGAGGAGCGGCGCCAAAAGGGGUCGCCGCAAGAAGACGAGCGCCGUCGAGGGCCUGCUGGGCACGCGCACCAAGGAUGAGACGAGGGAGGGAUACCUCUACCAGCUCUCCAAGUGGCCUCUGCUCUUCUUCGUGCUCGCAUGGCUAUUGUGGCUGAGCGUCGCGUACCUCUCCACGCGGUGGUACAUCUGGGUCUACGAACACUUCUUCACCUGGCGCGGCCGGCGGGAGACGUUGCGAAGGAACCUGCGACGCACGACCAACUACAAGGAUUGGGUGGCUGAGGCCCGGCAGCUCGACUCGUACCUGGGGCGGCAGGCCUGGCGGGAGGAAAACGACUUUGCCUACUACGACUCCAAGACCGUCAAGCGAGUGUGGGAGCAGAUGCGCAAGGUGAGGCUGCGAGCUGAGGCGCAAGAAGGCUCCGACGGGGCCAACGGCGACCGCGCCAAGGCGGUGGAGGAUUUGAAGGCGCUCAUCGAGGCCUGCGUCAAGAAUAACUUUGUCGGCGUGGAGAAUUCGAGACUGUACAGCCAGACGUACUACGGCACCAAGAACCUGGUCCAAAACUUCAUCGACGAAGUCGAGAGCAGCAUCAAGUUCUUGCUCAGGACCAAAUCGCUCGACACCGAGGAGAAGCGGCUCCUGUUCAAGCACGUGUACGCCAACUACGGCCGGACGGCGCUGUGCCUAUCUGGCGGAGCCGCGUUCGCCUACUAUCAUAUCGGCGUCGUGCGCGCGCUGGUGGACGCAGACCUGCUCCCAGACGUCAUCACGGGCACGAGCGGCGGCGCCCUGGUUGCGGCGCUGGUGGCGACGCGGACCAACGACGAGCUGAAGAAGCUGCUGAUCCCGGCGCUCGCGCACCGCAUCGACGCGUGCAGCGAGCCCAUCUCGGUCUGGUUCCCGCGGUGGUGGAAGUCGGGGGCGCGCUUCGACUCGGUGGACUGGGCCAGACGGGGCGGGUGGUGGACGAGGGGCUCCAUGACGUUCCGCGAGGCGUACGAGAGGACGGGGCGGAUCCUCAACGUCACAUGCGUGCCGGCGGACCCUCACUCGCCGACGAUCCUGUGCAACUACCUGACGAGCCCCGACUGCGUCAUCUGGUCGGCGGUGCUGGCGUCGGCGGCGGUGCCGGGCAUCUUGAACCCGGUGGUGCUCAUGAUGAAGCAGCGCGACGGGACGCUGGCGCCCUAUUCGUUUGGCCACAAAUGGAAGGAUGGCAGCCUGCGGACCGACAUACCCAUCAAGGCACUCAACACGCACUUCAACGUCAACUUCACCAUUGUGAGCCAGGUGAACCCGCACAUCAACCUCUUCUUCUUCUCGUCGCGGGGGUCGGUGGGCCACCCGGUGACGCACCGCAAGGGCCGGGGGUGGCGGGGCGGAUACCUCAUGUCGGCGACGGAGCACUAUCUCAAGCUGGACAUGAACAAGUGGCUCAAGUUCAUCCGGCACGCCGAGUUGCUGCCGCGGCCGCUGGGCCAGGACUGGAGCCAGCUGUGGCUGCAGGAGUUCAGCGGCACCGUGACCAUCUGGCCCAAGUCGAUUCCGUCCGACUUUUGGCACAUCCUGUCGGACCCGGACCCGGAGCGGCUGGCGCGCAUGAUCCACGAGGGGCGGCAGAGCGCCUUUCCCAAGCUCAAGUUCAUCGCCAAUCGGCUCAAGGUGGAGCGCCUAGUAGAGCAGGGACGCCGGGAAACGAGGCCGUGGGCGCGCCGCGGCAGUAUUCAGACGCUCAUGAGCGAGGAGGACCUGCGGAGCCUGCUGGUGAGGGAGAUGGCGAGCGGGCCGGAGGGCGGCACCACGGAGGAGGAGGAGGAUGACGACGAGGGGCUGACGGGGACGCCUCCGGAGGAGUUGGACGAAGAAGCCGUGUAUGACGAAGGGGGGGGAGAGCAUGCGAAGAGCGACUGACUUUGACGCGGCUGGCGCGGCCAUGAUGCCACUGCUGCUACAACUACUAACUUACUACUAGGUACCAAGUAACUUGGUUACCACACUGAUACUGCUGCUGCUGCUCGCUCCGUACAUGGCCUUUGGACGCGCUGUUAGAAU